UUUCAGUUACAGUGGGGCUAAAUUAUGGAAUAGAAUACCAGAAAAUAUUCGAAAUUGAUUGGCCUCAAAUUAUUCCAUCUACUAAUGAUUGUGAUUAGUUAUUGAACAUGUUUCAAAACAUAGUCCUUACUGGGAUUAAUAUAUUAAUGCCGAUGACACGAUCAAAGAAAUGUCCUGUCGAUGCCCCCUGGAUAACGAACCAUUUCAAAUCGCUGAUCAUUGAAAGGCAGAAAGCUUUUUCUACCUAUGGCCCUGACUCGAGCAGGUUUAAAUCUCUUCGAAACCAAGUAAAUCGAGAAAGGAAAAUCUGUAAAUCAAACUAUUAUAAACUCCGUGUACAUCAAAUGAAACAAACAGACUCCAAGGAAUGGUGGAAAGAAGUAAAGCGUUUAAGUGGAAUGGCAUCUACUAGAUCUUGUGAUAUUAGAAAUAUAAUGGAUAUUGAAAACCUCGAACAAUUAUCUGAGCAAGAAUUAGCUAACAAGAUCAAUGAAGCUUUCUUGGAUCCCUUAUCUGUAUAUAAACUGCCCAGCCCCCUUCUUCCUUUCGAGCUAGAAGUUAACAACCCUGAGUUUUUAGUAGUCACUGAAGAAACAGUGUAUUCAUAUUUAUCAAAGCUGAACCCUACAAAAACUUGUGGUCCUGAUGAAAUAUCCAAUUGGCUUCUUCGUGAUUAUGCAGCUAUAUUAGCGUUCCCAAUUAGUACCAUCUUAAAUGCUUCCUUCAAGCAACAACGACUUCCAUCGAUGUGGAAACUAGCCAAUGUUUUACCUCUACCUAAAUCUAAGACAGUUCAAAUCUUAGAAAAAGAUCUCAGACCUAUUUCACUCACCCCGAGCAUAUCCAAAGUAGCUGAAGAAUGUGUGGUAAAUAGAUAUAUCAAACCUGCGGUUCUGAAAUCCAUCGACUCAAAUCAAUUUGGUUCUAUUCCUAAUUCUUCAACCACUUUUGCUUUAAUAGACAUGUUACAUCACUGGACCUCAAUGCUGGACGGAACAGGAGCAACUAUCCGAGUGUUUUUAUUUGACUAUAAAAAGGCAUUCGAUUUCAUCGAUCAUAGUAUCCUAAGGAUCAAGUUAGGUGCUUUAGAUUUACCAACUAGUAUCAUCAACUGGAUUAUCGACUUUUUAUCGGAUAGAUAUCAAAGGGUUAAGCUGUCAAAUAGUUGCCUUUCUGAAUGGGGCCAAGUACCGGCUGGUGUUCCUCAAGGAACCAAAUUAGGCCCUUGGCUCUUCUUAAUAAUGAUUAAUGAUUUGAAGAAACAUAGUGAGAACUUAUGGAAAUACGUUGACGAUACCACGGCGUCGGAAGUCGUAUUGCAAGGCGAGCACAGUGAAGCUCAACUGAUUGCAAAUGAAAUUUUAGAUUGGUCCAAUAUCAAUAGAAUGCAAUUAAAUGCUGAUAAAUGUCACGAGAUACGAAUUUCUUUUGCACGGAAUCAACCCGAGCUUAACCCAAUUUCAAUUGAGAAUCAAAUCAUAGAAGUUGUAUCCAAAAUGAUGCUGAC